AUGCUAUAUCAAUCCUCCCUCCCCGACCUUAACACAAAAGAAGCCAUCGCUGAUGCCCUCUACCGUGCUACUAUUGGUUUCGACCGCAAUGACAUCAAAGUUUUCGAAUCCGCAAUGACCGAAGAUACUUCCUUCGAAAUAAACCCUGGCCCCAAUGAUCCAAGGAGCUUAAUCAAUGGGCUGUCUACCCUGAAAUCAUCGGUCUUCGACCAUGUUGGCCCAUUGGAUACGACCCACAUGAUCACCAAUGUCCGUGUCAACCACAGAGCAGGAGAGAAAACUGCGUCCCUCACUGCCUAUGCCUUAUCACAACAUUGUCCGCCUGGUAGAGGAGCAGAGUUUGCUGGGCCAAAGUACAUUGCAGGUUCAGAGUACUGGAUUGAUCUUGUUCAGGGUGAUGGAGAUGGGCUGUGGAAGAUCAAGAAAUGGGUUAUCGACGUUAUUUGGCGACAGGGAGAUCCAUCAGUGAUACAGCGACCGAGCUCUAAGUGA